AGCGAGAAGAUGGGGGGAUCAUUAUCUAUUUCAUAAUUAUUCUUUACAUGUUUAUGGCUAUAUCCAUCGUAUGUGAUGAUUACUUCCUUCCUUCUCUAGAGAUCAUUAGUGAAUCUCUUGGCCUCUCUCAGGAUGUUGCUGGAGCAACUUUUAUGGCAGCUGGUAGCUCUGCUCCUGAAUUGGUCACUGCUUUUCUAGGAGUAUUCGUGACAAAGGGAGACAUUGGCGUCAGCACCAUACUCGGAUCUGCAAUCUAUAACCUUCUUGGUAUCUGUGCUGCUUGUGGGUUGUUAUCUAGCGUGGUUUCGAGGCUGUCUUGUUGGCCACUGUUUAGAGACAGUCUGGCAUAUAUAAUUAGUGCAGCAGCAGUCCUUGCAAUGAUAUAUGACAGCAGAAUUUACUGGUAUGAAGCUGCUGCCCUGCUGCUAAUUUAUGGGUUAUAUAUUCUGGUGUUGUGUUUUGAUAUUAAAAUCAAUCAGUAUAUUAUGAAGAAGUUUAGUCCCUGCUGUACCUGUUUUGCAAAAGUUAUGGAAGAAAAUAUGGAACAGCAGCUAUUAUUUGGCUGGAAGGAAGAAUGCGAACCACUAAUUCGUCGACAAUCAAGAACAGAUAGUGGAAUUUUUCAUGACGAAUCUGACUACUCACAGCUCUCUAUAAGUUUACAUGGGCUUGAUGAAAUUUCUGAAGAUCCUCCAAGUGUCUUCACCAUCCCUGAAGCAGAUUUGAAAAGAAUUCUCUGGGUGUUAUCUCUUCCUAUUACUACUCUACUCUAUUUGACCACACCAAAUUGCAGAAGACAGAUUUGGAAAAACUGGUUCAUGGUGACAUUUUUCAUGUCUGCUGUGUGGAUUUCUGCAUUUACAUACAUCCUUGUAUGGAUGGUAACAAUAGUGGGUGAUACCCUGGCAAUUCCAGAAACAGUAAUGGGUCUUACAUUACUAGCAGCAGGGACAAGCAUACCAGACACAGUUGCAAGUGUACUGGUGGCUAGAAAAGGAAAAGGAGAUAUGGCUAUGUCCAACAUUGUAGGAUCUAAUGUAUUUGAUAUGCUGUGUUUGGGAGUACCCUGGUUUAUAAAAACUGCCUUUGUAGAUACAUCAGCACCCGUGGAAGUGAAUAGCAGUGGUUUAACUUACACAGCUAUUUCUCUUAUUUGUUCCAUUAUUUUUAUUUUUCUGGCAGUCCACCUGAAUCGCUGGAAGCUAGAUAAAAAACUGGGAGUAAUCUGUCUAAUAGUUUACUUAACAUUUGCUACACUGUCAAUUUUGUAUGAACUUGGAAUUAUUGGAAACAAUCCUGUAAAGGUCUGUGGUGGCUAGUUUUAGCCAGUAACUCUACUGAGGAAGACACAAAACAAUGAGAAGAGAGGGUCAAUUUCUUCAUUAAGUCAAAUAAAAAAAAUUCAAAACUCCCUUUGGGCUCUAAAAACUUAUUUACAGACGUUCUAGAUCAUGGCAUAAAAGUAAUCUUAAAAAUAAAACAUCACCACGGCCUAAUUGGAGCCCUUUCUUUUAGAGUGAAGAAUUACAGUGCAACUACAAUGCAUAUGUAAAACCAAAAUUCUGGAAGGGACCUCUAAUUUUUUACAUUACAAUGUUAACACAAUCUGGGGAAAUCAAACAUUAAACAAAAU